UGAAGGCGAAUUUGAAGAAAACAAAGGCAAAAUAAGAAAAAAUCGGUUACAAUAUGCUAAUCAGUUCUCUUCUUUAAUUUCAAGCAGCUCUAAAUAUUUUAGAUUCCAGAUUUUGAAGCAAAAUCUCAAUAUCACUUGGUACAAAAUCUAAGUCGGAAUUAUUCAGAUUUCAGAGACCUCACUUUCAAGCCUCCGCAUAGUUUCUUCAUUUGUAGCGGACUUAAUCCACUAAUGGAGGAUGACAAGAAGAGGAGGAAGAAGAACAAAAAGAAGAAGAAUAAGCAAACGAACGAACCAACUGAAACCGACAAACUUGAUGAUAAGGAAUCAACUUCUGAUAGCCAGAGUCAUGUGCUGGAGAUAGGAGAGAAGUCUGAUGUUAAAUUAUCAGAGAUUGCAGAUGCGCCAAAUGAUGAUAUAGGGCACAUAACUGUGGAUGGGGAUGGAAUUCUUCCCAACGCCACUGAAAUAAUAAACCUGACUGAAGUGGAGAAACAGAAUCGGCUGGAUAGAGAGGCCACUCUUGAAGAAAAAGUUAACAAACUUCAGUCUGAAAAGGACGCUCAAGUACAGAAAGAGGUGGCUAGUCAAAGUGAAAAAAUCAAGCAGUUAGAUGAUGAAAAGGACAUAUUAGUGCAGAAUGAGGCUAGGUUAAAGGAGAGACUAGCAGAGUUGGAAAAGGAAAGCAAUGCAUUGAUCCAGAAAGAGGGUAUCUGUGAACAGAAAAUUCAACAACUACAAAAGGAAAUGAAUUCUCAACUGCAGAAAGAGGCUAGUCUGGAGAAGGAAAUUCUAGAACUAAAGAGUGAAAAGGAUUCCUGGGCCCAGACAGAGGCUGGUUUUGGGCCAAAGUUGAAUCAGCUGGAGAACGAGGCUUCAUUAUUAAAUAUAAAAAUGGUGAGCCUAGAAGAAACAGUAAAAGAGAUGGAAAGAGAGAGAGAUUCCUGGAUGCUGAAAGAGAACUCAGCACAGGAAUCUAUUUCCAGCCUGACUGCUGAUAACACCAAAUUAAGAGCUCAGGUGGAGGAGCUGGAGAUAUCCAGGGACACUCUCUUUAGAGAAACACAACAGUUGAAAGAAGUCGUUUCAAGUCUACAGUUACAGAUUAACAACCUUAAGAUGGACAAACAGACUCUAGAAAAUGGUCAUGCAAACUACGAGGCAGAAGCUGCUAGCGCACUGGUUGAGAAAUUGGUUGCUGAAAAUGCAGAGCUUGUUGAAAAGGUUAGUGAAUUGCACGCUGAGCUUGAACAGAGACGUGUAAGAACCGAACAAUAUCCCAAUGUUGGCUCAGUUCCUGGUGCUGCAAGUGCUCAAUCUGCUGAAGUAUCUGGUGCUAGUGAGACGAUCACUGUGUCAGACGGCAUCCAGUCUUUGGAAGAUGUCAUGGUCAAAGAUGAGAGGGAUGACGAGCUUGUGAACGUGAAGCCUGGUGUUGCAAAUUCUUCAGAAAUAAUGGAGGAAGACGAAAUCGUGCAAAUUCCAUUGGAUGAGAAUGAGGUAGUGAAGGAAAGUAACAUGGAUGUGGCUCAAGAUGAUGACAAUGUGGAUGUCUCGCUCACGGAUUCACCGUUGGUUGGCGCUCCGUUCCGUUUGAUAUCAUUUGUAGCUAGGUAUGUUAGUGGAGCUGAUUUAGUGAAUGCCAACACUGGCUCAUCAGAAUUGGCAGACUGAAGCAGAGAUUUUUGGAAUAGAUACAGCCAUGGCAAGCUUUCUAGAAAGAGCUAGUCAUAUUUUAUACAGUUUUCUGUUAUGUAGAUUGAUUAAGUUACCGUUACUGACUUGUUACAUACGAAUAUUUAAUAUAGAAAUUUCGAAUUGAGAAAGGGUGGUUAAAGUGAA